CAGGGUCCUGGCACUUUGUUGAAGUGAAUGACGCUGAAGGUGAACCGUCCUCCUGACCACUGGAUUCUUCUUCUGUGGUGCCAUCAUGGAGCUGGCGUACGUGUGUGAGUGGGAAAAACGUCCGAAGAGCACGCACUGUCCCUCCGUCCCGCUAGUGUGCUCCUGGUCCUGCAGGAACCUGGUGGCCUUCACCACCGACCUCAAGAGUGACGACGAUGACAAAGAUGUCAGUCACAUGAUCCACAUCAUCGACACGGAGCACCCCUGGGACGUUUACUCCAUCAACUCUGGACACACUGAGGUCAUUUCCUGUCUGGAGUGGGACCAAUCAGGCUCGCGGCUUCUGUCUGCAGACGGCGACGGGCAGAUUAAAUGCUGGUCGAUGUCAGAUCACCUGGUGAACAGCUGGGAGAGCAUCCUGUCCAGCUCGCUGGACGGAGACCCCAUCGUUGCCCUCAGCUGGUUGCACAAUGGCGUCAAGCUGGCGCUGCACGUCGAGAUGUCGGGUUCCACAAACUUUGGAGAGAAGUUCUCUCGGGUGAAGUUCUCUCCGUCUCUGACGCUGUUUGGCGGGAAGCCGAUGGAGGGCUGGCUGGCGGUGACGGUGAGCGGGCUGGUCACGGUGUCACUGCUGAAGCCGGGAGGCGCCUUGCUCACGGCCAGCGAGAGUCUGUGCCGACUACGAGGACGUGUGGCGCUCGCCGACAUCGCCUUCACCGGGGGAGGGAACAUCGUGGUGGCCGCCACCGAUGGCAGCAGCUCCUCCCCCGUCCAGUUCUACAAGGUGGUGGUGAGCGUGGUGAGCGAGAAGUGCCGCAUCGAUACAGAGCUGCUGCCAUCGCUGUUCCUGCGCUGCACCACCGACCCGCUGAGACGGGACAAGUACCCCGCCGUCACGCACCUCAAGUUCCUCACCAGGGAGAACUCCGAGCAGGUAACAGAACUACAGAGAGAACAUCUAACAGAACCACAGAGAACCAAC